AUGUUAUUUAACGAACCGUGGUAUUUAUCUCUUUCACUUUUUGAACGUUCAUUAGCUUGUAUUAAUUUGGCCGCAUUUCUUUCAUCAUUAUGUCAAUGGCGAGGUCAAAUAGGUAGUACUGGUAUAUUGCCUGCUUAUACUUUCGUUCGUCAUUGGAAAGAACGUAAAAUGACAUUUUUUCAACGUCCGACACUUUGUUCAAUUAUUUCGGAUUCAGACAAUUUUCUUUUGGCACUUCAUUGGAUAGGAAUAAUUUGUUCAAUAAUGGCAUUUUUUGCAAUUAUUCCAUUAGGCAUAUGUUUCCUUGGUUGUUGGAUUUGUUAUUCAUCAUUAGUAACUGUAUCAACAACAUUUAUGGGCUUACAAAUGCAUUCAAAUUUAUUAGAAACAAAUAUGCUUUAUGUAUUAUGUUCACCAUUUCUUGCUGCACAACCUGAAGUGUUCGUUUUUAUUCAAUGGACACUUCUAUUUCGUAUUAUGCUUGGUGGAGCCGCUGGAAAAUAUACAGGUGGAGAUCGAAGUUGGAAAGAUGGUACAGCAAUGCUGUGGCAUUAUUGGACUCAACCUUUACCUAAUCCAUUAUCACCAAUUUUUUAUCGAAUGCCAGCUUCAAUUCAUAAAAUGGAAACAUAUUUUACAUAUAUUAGUGAAGGCACAGGAGCAUUACUUUGUUAUACACCACAAAUAACACGUUGGAUUGCAUAUGUUUCCUUUUUACUUAUUUUAUUGGGAAUAAAUGUAACAGGAAAUUAUGCUCAUCUUGCACCACUAACAAUAACAGAAAUGAUUUUACUUUUAAAUGACAAUGUUUGGCGUUCAUUAAUUCCAUUUGAAUUUAUUAUUUCAUUUCUUGAAUAUACAUCAAUUCCACCAUAUUCAAUAGCAUGGCCAUUUAAAUUAUUACCAUGGAUAUGUAUUGGUUUACCUUAUUUUUUUAUUUCACUUAUACCAUUAUGGUCAACAUUUCGUGAUGAAAAUCCAUUAUCAUGGCCAAUAUUUAUUCGUUAUUCAAUUCGUCCAUUAAAAUUAACACAAGAUAUAUAUCAUAAUAAAUAUUUUCAACGUUAUUUUCUAAUACCAUGGAAUUAUAUAAUGGAUUGGUCUGAAUAUGGUUAUGAUUUAUUAUCACCAAUACGGCUUUGUGGUCGUUAUGUUAAAUUUGCUCAUAUGACAAAACGUCGUUGGGAAAUCAUUGUCGAAGGAAGUGAUAAUGGAUUAGAUUGGUAUGAAUAUGAAUUUAAAUAUAAACCAUCAAAUAUAAAUAAGCGUUUAGCUAUUGUACCAUUUUGUCAUAUGCCCAAUCUAGAUUGGAGACUUUGGUUUUUACCAAAUGACGCCGCUCGUGGUGCUCCACCACCACAUUGGUUUGAUAUAUUUUUAGAACGUAUUCUUGAGCAUAAUCAAGCUGUUUUAGCAUUACUUGGUCCAUUACCAGAACCAUUUCGUAAUAAACCACCAAAAUAUAUACGUGCAUGGUUAUAUGAUUAUCGUUUUACUUAUAAACGUGAGCAAGAUUCAAAACAAUUACUUGAAAAUACACCACCUGAUCAAAUUGCACCACUUGGAGUUCUUGAACAAAUGAAAAAAGCAGCUGUACGUUUAGCAAAAAUGGUUGGUUAUGUUAGUGCUGGUACAAUGGAAUAUUUAUAUAAUCCAAAUGAUCAAACAUUCUUCUUUCUUGAACUUAAUCCUCGAUUACAAGUGGAACAUCCUUGUACACAAAUGAUUACUGAUGUUAAUUUACCUGCAUAUCAAUUACAGGUAUAG